AUGGGAAAUUGUCUCGGAUCCGAGACUACUGCCCAUUUAGGCGACUCGUUCGUGGAUGUUCUGUUCUUUCCUGACCCAGGCAUGCCAUGCAAGAAUUUCCACAUGGACAAGGGCUGCACACGCAAGAAUUGCAAGUUGAUUCAUGACCAGGGUAGUUCUCUCAUGACAAUGCUUGAAUACCUCAAAAACGCUAAAAAGACAAUGGACAUUUGCGUCUUUACUAUCACGUGUGACGAAAUUGCAAAUGCCGUGCUGGAUGCUCACGCCCGUGGGGUUAAAGUUCGCGUCAUCACGGACGAUGGCCAGAUGAAGGGCAAAGGAUCUGACAUUCUGAAAUUUGUCGACGCUGGUAUUCCAGUGCGUGACGACAAUGCGCGAACGUACAUGCACCACAAGUUCUGUGUUAUUGACAAGAAGAUCUUGCUAAAUGGAUCGUUCAACUGGAGUCGCCAGGCCGUCGUAGGCAACGCUGAGAAUCUCGUUAUCCACAAGGGUGGCCCCAUUAUCGGCCGCUUUGACGAGCAUUUCGCGCACCUUUGGGCGAAAUACGAGCGCUAG